AUGGACAACGUUUUCGAGCAGCUCGAUGCAAAAGCAUCUUGCUUGCUACGAGAACUAUUCGCCACAAAUCCAACUAUCCAGCAAGAUUUCGAGAACAUCCUGCAACUUAAACAGUUCCCAAAGUUCUCUCAAGCUGCCUUGGGUGGACUCCUCGAAACUCUACCAAUCACUAUUUCGAUCAGCGAACGUUCGCUCAGCACACGACGAACGAGUGGUCUAGCCUCCGAUCGUCGACGCAGCGAAGACUACGUUGGCUACCAGUGCGCUUUCAAGAUGCCAGAUGAAACUGACUGCCUCACUUGGACGUGUAUACCAUAUGUCAACGAGACAUACUUUACAGGUCUAGCCAGGAUACUCGCCGCGGCAGGAAAUCGGGGCGACCCCAUGACAAACGGCCAGUCUGUGACCGAGCUCGAGUUCGAGAUCAAAGCUGGCUUGAAGGCCAUGUUCUGCCAUCGUCACACUGAACAGGAGAAGGUUGAGCAGGUUGAUCGGCUAGCACAACCCAUUCGAGAUUGCGUCCAGCGUUGGCGCCAUCAGGAGAGAAGAUGGCGUGAGCUUGGGAAGAGUGUCGUUAACGGACCGGCAAGGCCUAACGGACCUAAUGGAACGAGUCGCGGCCGGCAUGAUGACUCGGCUGUGUGGUCGAGUAGCUCUUCGAGCAACACGUCUGAUCGAGCUGAGAGGGAGAAUGAAGGCUUGAAGGAGCAGAUUCGGUAUUUGAGAGAGGAGAAUCAUCGUUUGAGGGAGGAGGUUGCAGAUCUCAGUGGUGGCUAUCGCCGUGAGCAUUGA